AUGAGAGACAACAAGACAGCGAAAAGAAAUAAAUCACCGGAGGAGAUGCAAAGAUAUACAGUUCUACAGUUUAGUGAGGUACCUGAGAAGAUGCCUUUGCACCAUGUACUGUCACUCAUUAAAGGAACGGAUAUUUUGUCAGUGAAACAAGAGGGCACAGACGUAUACAUUACGUUCUUCUCUUACUACGAAUUGUACCAGCAGUGGAAAAGGCUUGGGAAGGAAGUUGUCUUGGAUGACUACAAAAUUCGUGUUAAGCCAAUUGAGACUGUGAUGGAAGACGAAGAGAGGAAUAGAUUGUACUUGUCGCAUGCAGCUGGGGGGUCCAGGAAUAUUAUGCUCUCAAAUUUGGAUGACUUCAUGUCGGAUGAAUUUAUUCGGGAAGAAGCUGAGAAGUAUGGUGUAGUUGAGUCUCUUAAGCAAAUGAGGGACAGGAAGGUGGCAUAUGUGGAAUUCUAUUCUUUUUCGGCUGCACUUGAGUUUGUGGUGAAUGUAAGGGAUGAUAGUUUGUUCCAGAAUGUGAAAUCGUGUUUUGCAAAGGACAAGUGCGGGGCAGGGGAGACAGAUGAUGUGGCUGCAUAUAAUAACAGGACAGUAUACUUUGGGAAUAUACCUGCAGACACAACCCCUUCAGAGAUUCUUUCUGUUGUCCAAGGAGGACGUGUUUUUAUGAUUAAAUUAAUUCGGGAGAAAAAGUGUGCGUUCGUUGGGUUUUUUAACUACGUAUCAGCUGCUGCCUUCAUAGAGUACUCCCAGGCAUUCUCUGUCUGCAUAAGGGGCAUGCAAAUAAAACUCGGUCCUGGGAAAAUUCAGCCACUUCCUCACAUAGCCCCAAUCCUUGCGUACAAAGGGGCUACACGGACUAUUCACCUUAGAGUAGACAAAAGAUCUGUAAAUGAGUCAAAGCUAGAACAAGAAUUAUCAAGAUAUGGCGAAAUAGACAGAAUAGAAAGGAAAGAAGGAGGUAUUAUAUCUGUUUCUUAUUUGAGUGCCCAGGAUGCACAUGCAGCCUGCCAGCUCAUGCACAGUGAUGCAGGGAUAUCCCACAUGAUUGUUGGAUACGGGGAAGACCCGUGCGCAAAGGUCUCUGCACUGGACCUAAUCAUGGAAGUGCAAAAAAAGGAGUUUAUGGCGUAA